UGUGUAUUUGAUUCCAUGACUACAUCAAAUACUAAACGUUUAACGAAGAAUCAGAAACGGCGACAAAAGAAGAGAGAAUUAAAAAAGGAGGGACUUCUAGUAAAGCAUGAAAACAAGGAAGUGGUAUGGCAGUGGGAAUUGGGGUGUACUUGUCUAGAAAGUUCCAACGCCGGAGCCCGUCACGGAGAAGGAAUCUGCGAGCGAUAUAGAAGAAUAUAUUGUGGAUAGUGAAUUCGAUCGUGUGAAAGAUCAAUAUGUCGAGCUACAGGAAGUCUUUAAGAAUUUUGCUGCUAAGGAAGCGUCUAGCAUUGCUCAUGUAAUCGGAUCAUGCGCGAUAUCACCAAAUAGAGUAGUAUCAAUCCCACCGCUGGCACAGAAGAUGGAAAAGUCACCGAGAUGCAGGAGGAAACUGCUGAAAGCUUAAUGAAUGCAGAUCAGCCCAAGGAGAAGAAGCUAAGCAAGAAAGCGCGCAAGCAGGCCAGCAGACUCACCGUCGCCGAGCUAAAGCAGCUGGUCCGUCGUCCCGAUGUGGUCGAAGUGGAAGAUGUCACGGCUGCAGAUCCGCGUCUGCUGAUUUACCUCAAAUCCUAUCGGAACACUGUUCCUGUCCCUCGCCAUUGGUGCUCGAAACGCCACUACCUGCAGGGUCGACGCGGAACGGAGAAACCGGCGUUUAAACUUCCAGACUACAUCGCAAACACAGGAAUCGCGGACGUCCGCGCGUCGAUCGCAGAGAACGAGCGCGACCAGAGCCUCCAGUCGAUCGCUCGCGAGCGAGCGCACCCGAAGCUGCAUCGCAUGGACAUCAGUUUCGAUGUGCUCGAGGACGCGUUCUUCCGACACAUGACGAAGCCCAAACUGACCGGAUUCGGCGAGGUUUACUACGAAGGCAAGGAGUACGAAGUCCGGCUCACCGACAAAAAGCCGGGGAAGCUUUCCCCGCGGUUACGCGAAGCCCUGGGCAUGUCGGAACUGUCGCCGCCGCCGUGGCUGUGGAUGCAGCAGCGCCUGGGCCCGCCGCCGUCGUACCCGAAUCUGAAAAUCCCCGGGGUGAACUCGCCGAUCCCGCCGCACUGUCAGCUCGGGUACUUCGCGGAGGGAUGGGGCCGGUACCCGGUGGACGAGCAGGGAAGGCCGCUGUACGGAGAUGUGUUCGGGACGUACGUGGAGGAGACGGAGAAGGCGAAGAUCGAUCCGGAGUUGGUGAAGCUGUGGGGCGAGUUGCCGCCUGUGAAUUAUGAGGAGGAGGAGAAGAAGGAGCGAGAGAUGGAGGGAGGAGAGGAGAACGAGAUGGAGAUGGAGAUGGAGGCGGAGAGAGAGAAGGAGAAGGAAGGAGGAGAAGAAGAGGAGGAGGAGAGGAAGAUGGUCAUUCCUGGAAGCGAAGUGCCGAUGGAGAUUCCGCUGAGGAAGGAUGUGGGAGGCGGAGAGAAGGCGGCGGAGGAGAAGACGCUGUUCACGCCGCUGGAGGAGGUGGAGGUGAGCGGGGGAACGGGGCUGAUGCCGGUGACGAAGAAAUAUGUGAUUCCGGGGAAGAGUGUGUGAGAGAGGAAGAAGUAGAAUGGAU